UGUAAGUAUAUAAGUAUACAUAGUUCUGAUUCCAUAACUGGCGUCUUCUUAGCCUUCUUAGCAUUCUUAGUUUUCGCUUCCUUUUCGCUAUACACCGCAGCAAUGAAGGCUAAAGGAGAGUUGAAAGAAUAUGAAGUCAUUGGGCGCAAGCUCCCAACUGAUAAGGAGCCUACGACUCCUUUAUAUAAAAUGAGAAUCUUUGCUCCAGACCAAAUUGUAGCCAAAUCCCGUUUUUGGUACUUCUUGAGGCAACUGAGGAAGUUCAAAAAGACUACUGGAGAGAUUGUCUCCAUUAAAGAAAUACAUGAUAAAAGCCCUACCAAAAUCAAGAAUUUUGGAAUAUGGUUAAGAUACGAUUCAAGGUCAGGCACUCAUAAUAUGUAUAGGGAGUACCGUGACCUGACAGUCUCUGGUGGUGUGACCCAAUGCUACAGGGACAUGGGUGCCCGUCAUCGUGCUCGCGCUCACUCCAUCCAGAUCAUUAAGGUGGAAGUUGUAGCUGCUUCUGCAUGCAGGAGGCCACAAGUAAAACAAUUCCACGACUCAAAGAUCCAAUUCCCACUCCCAAGACGCGUCCAGCAUCGUCUUAACACAUUCUCUGCAAAGAAACCGCGUACAUACUACUAUUAGAUUAUGUAUGAGAUCAACCAAGUAAAAUAUUUUUUUGUUGAGGAUAUCAAAAAAGCUUUUAUUGGAUUACCAUAAAACAGUAUUAAUUAACACAUUCACUUUAACAUCCAUGAUAA